GCGCCCUUGCCCCGGGGCUUCGCACUCUCGAUCCGUCAUGGAGGGGUCGGCGCCUGGAGAGGUGCGCAUGAGCCAGGCCAUCCAGCCCGCGCACUCCAACCCGCGCGGCGAACUUAGCGCCGGACAGCUGCUCAAGUGGAUCGACGCCACCGCCUGCCUGGCAGCUGAAAAACAUGCUGGGGUUUCCUGUGUUACAGCCUCAGUGGAUGAUAUACAAUUUGAGGAGACAGCUAGAGUUGGACAAGUAAUAACCAUCAAAGCGAAAGUUACUAGAGCGUUCAGCACAAGCAUGGAGAUCAGCAUCAAGGUCACAGUACAGGACAUGUUCACUGGCAUUGAGAAACUUGUUAGUGUGGCUUUCUCUACAUUUGUAACCAAACCAGUUGGAACAGAAAAGAUUCAUUUAAAACCAAUCACACUUCUAACUGAACAAGAUCAUGUGGAACAUAAUCUGGCUUCUGAAAGAAGGAAAGUUCGAUUACAACAUGAAGAUACCUUUAAAAACUUGAUGAAGGAAAAUGGCAAGUUUGAUGAUCCCAUUUGUGAUGAAGAGGAAGGAACGGUUUCCACGAGGGAUACCUCUGUUCAGAGCAUUGAACUUGUCCUCCCACCCCAUGCAAACCAUCACGGAAAUACAUUUGGUGGCCAGAUUAUGGCUUGGAUGGAGACAGUGGCUACUAUUUCUGCAAGCCGCCUGUGUCGAGUGCAUCCCCUCCUGAAGUCUGUGGACAUGUUUAAGUUCCGGGGACCAUCUACAGUUGGAGAUCGCCUUGUCUUCAAUGCCACUGUCAACAAUACAUUUCAGACCUGUGUUGAAGUGGGAGUGCGUGUGGAGGCCUUCGACUGCAAGGAGUGGUCUGAGGGCCGGGGCCGUCACAUCAACAGUGCUUUUCUCAUUUAUAACGCUGUCGAUGAUAAGGAAGAAAUGGUCACAUUUCCCAGAAUCAAGCCUGUGUCAGAGGAUGAUUUUAGACGGUAUCAUGGAGCUAUCGCUCGCAAGAGAAUUCGCCUAAGCAGAAAAUAUGUUGUUUCCCACAAAGAAGAGGUUCCACUUUGCGAACACUGGAAUAUUGACAACCAGGUAUCCUUGAGUAAGGGCAAUGUGGAGGCUCUCAAAAAGAUGGCAGCCAAGAGUGGAUGGGAGGUUACCAGUGCUAUGGAAAAGACAAAAAUGUAUAUUCUAGAAGAGGACGAUAUUUUAUCUGUUUGGGUUGAAAAGCAUGUGGAAAGACCGGCACACUUGGUUUAUCAUCUCUUGUCUGACUUCACCAAGCGACCUUUGUGGGACCCUCAUUACAUAGGAAGCUGUCGCUGCGUAGACCGGGUAAGUGAAGAUGAUCAGAUAUACUAUAUCACUUGUCCUGUGGUGAAUGAUGACAAACCCAAAGACUUGGUAGUGCUUGUAUCACGAAGAAGGCCUGUCAAAGAUGGCAACACUUACACAGUGGCAGUGAAGUCGGUUAUUCUGCCAUCAGUCCCACCUUCUCCACAGUAUGUCAGAAGUGAAAUCACAUGUGCCGGAUUUCUCAUCCAUGCUAUUGACAACAGUUCGUGUACUGUAUCUUACUUUAACCAGAUUUCUGCUAGCAUCUUUCCUUACUUUGCUGGAAAUCUUGGUGGCUGGUCAAAAUCCAUUGAAGAGACAGCAGCCUCCUGUAUACAGUUCAUAGAGAAUGCUACUGAUGAUGGGUUGAUAAGCCUAUUUUAAAUUAUAAACUUUAAAUUACCUGUCAUUUGAUUUCCCACUUUUCAAUUCCAAGCACCCUUAGCACUGACACUUGACAAGCUUCUGGGCCACAAAAAUAAUUUAAUAUCAGCUUAAGCAAAAUGUACUUACGAAGAGGUUAAAAAACAAAAUGUGACCCAAGUCAAAUAUCAGUGAUCUGGGUUAACAUUGAAAGAGCUUUAAAAUUCUGCUUUAGAUCAUCUGUGACUCUGCUCUUGUUCAGGGACACAGGCAAUGGAAAAUUUCCCAUUUGCAAUAUUGUGUAUUCUGUAAAAUGGUGACAUUUUGGUUAAAAUAAUCAAAACAUGUUUAGGCCACAAAGGUGACAUGUGUUCUGUUUGAAAUUUUAUAAAAUUUUAUAAAAUCAGAAAUGAAAAGUUGGCUAGUUGAUUAAUGACGUGGGGUUGUUCCGUGUACGGCAGGUAUCUGUAUGUCAGAGCACCUGACAAGAUGUAUUACAUGUUUUAGGGCUUUAAAUUAGGAAGACAUUAAAACAUAAUGGAAUCCAAUCAAUUUUAGUAAUAGGAACUACUUUACUAGUGUCAUUUAGCAUAUAUCAAGGUAGCUGACCAAUUUAGUAUCUAUUGCUCUAUAUACACUCGCAAAGUACCUGCAGAAUGUGAUAUUGUAGAGAAAGAAUUAACUGAGCUCUUCUUUCAUAACCAUUACAUUAGAGCUUUAUUCCCUAGACUUUAACAUUUAUUAUUUUACUCUGUCUGUGAUUUGUCUUAACUCAUAAGACAAACCAGCAUAUGUCAAGCUAGCCUCCUCUACAGGACAACUUGUAAAAGUUGAAGAACUUCUCGAUUAAGGUUCAGAGCACUUAAGAGGUUAGAUACAGCCUGCUUUAGUUUGUCACAUAAUUACCUCUGUUUCCCCAUUUACUCACCCAAUCUAGGUAUGGUUGUAAUUAUUUUUAUUAUUCUGUACCAGCAAUUUUUAUUUAUAUGAACUUUGGACUGUGCCCCAAUUUUACGAAUUAAAAUUUAUAUACAAUAAGAAGAGUGGAUAUGUAGAUUUAAAUGCUUAUAUACUACAUUCCAAAAAUAGAAAGAUUUUUGAGAAUGCUUUUAGAUUUUAAAAAAGGUGAAAAAAUGUGCAUUAAAUGGAGUUACAUUACACUAAAAUUUUGUAUGCUAAAAUUUCAGGCCCCUUCUACAGUUGAAACACUUCCAACUUUGUCUCUCUUACGCCUUUGAAUUUAUAUAUUUUUAAAGUUUUUCAUGAACAGUAACAGGAACAUUGUGAGGCUGAAGGAAUAGAGUAACUUUGGCUGGAUCACUUUUAGACAUAAAGACAUCACCCACUCUAACUUAUAACACAGGCACAGUCUAUUCCAGCAAUGUUCAACAUGGUAGCCACUAGCCAUACGUGACCAUUUAAAUUAAAUUAAUUAAAAUUAAAUGAAAUCAGUUCUUCAACCACACUGGCCCCAUUUCAAUAUUAUCAGUCACACGCAGUCAUCAUGGCCUAGGUUGAAAGUGCUCACUUUCAGACUAUCGGACUAGAGAGACUUUAAAAAGGCACGACACUGGAAAAGACAGCAAUGCAUUCAGGCUCUACUUAGGGCAUCUCAAAAAGUUUAAAAUCUAUUGCCUGCAAUCACAUCACAACUAAGGCACUCCUGCUGUAAAAUUCAACAAUAGCCCAUAGGUCUCCAUUUCCUUUUUUAAUGGAAAUGUGUUUGAUUGCUCUUUCAUUCAUUCAAUAAAUAUUAAGAACCUA